AUGACAACGUUUUCCCCUGAUGAUGCUGACUGGCGUCGAAAAUUGCAAAGGCAUCUUCCUGCACAGAAGAAACAUCCACUGAAGGCAAGCAAGAUCCAUGCGACAACCGUGAGUCCGAUAGCAUUUCCGAAUUGGGCGUUGAUUGAUUCAUCUGAUGACUUUAUCGCGUUUAUCCUGGCUCUGAUAAUCGCGAAAAAUAUCAAAUCGAAAAUCGUCACCAAUAGUGUUACUGAAGCAGCCAUCGAUGCAAAACAUGACGUCCAACAGGUCUUCGAGAACUCUUCAAUGUGGGACACCAGCCCGGAUAUAAAUGACAGACAUGCUAAGAUGAUCUUCCAGUACCAGCCGACUCAGACCACCUUCCCAACGCUUUGCGCCUUGUCCGAUAUCUUGGGGGCCGUCCCCCCCCUCUUCCAUCCAAUCCAUAUACCUUUACAAUUCCCGGACACAGUCUCAAACAUGCCCAAGACUUUGCCCAUGCCAUGGAAGGAACCGUGCGUUGGACAACUCAAAAGCAAAAACCCGACAAAGAGUCAGCCCAGUCAACUUCAUCCGUCAAGGCAGGUCCAGGAAGACCUCCCAUGA